CUCGGAAUCCUCAGCACUCAAGUGUGGGAAUAGAAAUGCGUAACAUCCUGAUCAUCGUCUGUGUGGCAUUGGCCCUGGGCAUUGCCUCGGCCACGGACUACUGCCAAAAAAGCUGCGGCGGCACAAAGAAUCUUGGCUGCGACAAUAAGGGCGAAUUUGCCUCUAGUUGCCCCGCGGGCGCCACCCUGCUGACCCUCACCGACGACCAGAAGGCCGCCAUUGUGGCCAGGACCAACACGUACCGCAAUGACAUCGCUGGAGGCCUGAAUGCCAAUCUGAGCGCCGCCUGUCGCAUGGCCACCAUCAAGUGGAACGACGAACUGGCCUACCUGGCCUCCCUGAACGUCAAGAGCUGCCAGAUGACCCACGACGGCUGCCACAACACCGAUGCCUUCGACUGGUCCGGCCAGAACCUCGCCUGGAUGGGCUGGUACGAGCCCCUGGACAUCAAGCACUAUGUGGAGUGGGGCGUGGACAUGUGGUACAGCGAGGCCGUGAACACCAAGCAGUCCUACAUCGAUGCCUAUCCGACGAACUACCAGGGUCCGGCUAUAGGUCACUUCACCGUCCUGGUGGCCGAUCGCAAUACGGAUGUGGGAUGCGCCGUGUCCACCUACCCGGUGGAGGGCCAGCCCUACAAGGCCUUCCUCAUGGCCUGCAACUAUGCGGCCACCAAUGUCCUGGGCAUCAAGAUGUACAGUUCCUGCCCCAAUGCACCGGCCACCAAAUGCACCACCGGCACCAAUCCCGAAUACAAGAAUCUGUGCAGCGCCAACGAGGUCUACGAUGUGAAUAAUCUUUUCUACUAAAAACGAAAUGCGCAGACAAAUUUGGGAUGCCAAAAGAAUAGCAAAAUAAAUUGGAAUAGUCAUUGAAUUCUU